AUCCCAGUAAUGGAGAAAUACUGGAAAGAAUUAAAAAAAAAUUCCUUAUGCUGCCCAUUGAAUGGCUUUACCAAAACACUGAACAGAAUAGAACUAAUAUAACUAACACAAAAAUUUGUGCUCAAUCGCCAACACUGUUGGAUAUAGAAUAUCACAACACCUAUUGGCAAGGAUAUACAAAUAAAAAUUUGACAUUUAAAGUAUUUGGUGCAUACUGGGAUAGUAGAGAAGCUGUAGUGGAGGGACCACUAGUGCGAGUAUUGGUUAUGGUUAAUCAAAUCGACAGACCUUUUUAUAAAAGCUAUUGUCAACUGUGGUAUGAUGACACCGAUGAACCGGAAAUAGUCGAAGUGAAGACCUACGAUUCGAUAUGGGUUGGAGCUUGGGGUAAUAAACCGCGUCAUUUAUAUCCGUAUUUAAUGAAUUGUCAAGCACCCAAGUUCUUUAUUAGUGAUACAAAUAUAAUAGAGCGAAUACCUAAGAGAGUGUCAUUGGUAGCAGAAAAAUGUGAUAUGGCUACCAAUAACGUACGCAUUAUCUAUGAAGAACCAUUGGCCUAUAGUGAAGGUAAAGCGGUUAAAUCGAGUUUUGCGGUUUGUGUUAAAAGCACAUUCUACUCAUAUGUGGAUAUGUCAGCACGCUUGGUUGAGUGGCUGGAACUGUUGCGUUUGUUAGGUGUCGAGAAAGUGUUCAUGUAUAAGUUACAACUACAUGCGAAUGUUGAGAAAGUGUUGAACCAUUACGAAAGCACAGGUUUUGUGCAAUUAAGUCCAUUUACCUAUGCUCGCGGUGAGCCACCAUUUGCUAGUUUCCAGAACGUCACCAUCAUAAAGGAUAUACUUAAUAAGCGCACAAAUGAGCUGAUCGCCUACAAUGACUGUCUCUACAGAAAUAUGUACAAAUAUAAUUAUCUAGCUCUUAUAGAUGUAGAUGAGAUUAUUAUGCCACUUGGAAAAUUGAUAAACUGGCAUGAACUUUUGGAAGUUGCUAAAAGUAUCAAAGAUCCAAAAUGUACAAAUUUUGCAAGUUAUUGUUUUCGUAAUGUAUACUUUCCCAGAUUCGAGGGAAAACCUCCAUAUUCAGAGGAGGUUCCACCUUAUUUCUAUAUGUUGCAACACGUAAUACGUGUAUCAAAUUAUACGAAGGAGGGACAUGCCGUCAAAUGCUUUCAUAACACCGAUUUUGUUGUUAGUCUGCACAAUCAUUAUUCAAGGAAAUACUUGCAAAGUUGCUUCCAACUAGCAAUUGACAAAAAGUAUGCACAUAUACAACAUUACCGUGAGCCCGAUUUGAAAGCAACGUUAAAUGACACAGUGAUAGAUGAUAGUAUCUGGAGAUAUAAGGAUACCUUGAUGAGUAGAUCAAUGAAAGUUUUGAAAAGUUUGAAUUUUUUAAAUUAA